UUGACGCCGCGAGGAAAAGAAGAAAUGCUUGCUCCGUGGUAGAAAAAACUGUGAAAGUGUGACAGAAAAUCGUGGAAAUCGGGCUAGGAAAUACAAGUGCGUGAAUUAAGUGACUAUGUAUUGUUUAUAGAAGCGAAAUAUCUAAGAUUUUAGCGGUUUAACAAUGUUUUUGGCGUUUUUUGGUGCUAAAACGACGCCGUCGCACUCGCACUAGCUCGCUCUCUCUCUCGCUCUCACUCGCGGCAUCCCUGUCUCUCUCCCAAUUUACGAUUUUCCCUUGUGCUGGUCGUUCGUUAAGAUUGUUUACGAAUUGCAGUGUGUGAUAAAAGUGCAAAAACUGGCGAAAAGUACACAAAAUAAAAUGGAAUCUGUGAAUAAAUGUGGUAAAAACGCAGAUAAAACCAAUAUUAUAAUGAAAUUGAGCCGGAAAAUGUGGUUGCUUUCUCUGCUGACGCUGGCAGCGCUGCAACUGCGCCCUGGCAGCGAAGUAGCGGCUCAUCUGAAUGUUUUUCUAAAUCCCGUGGAAGUAAUGCGUUUAUUGGGUGUCUCUGCCGAGGUUUACUACGUUCGCGAAGGUCACAUAAACAACUACGCUCUGAAUUUUAUUGUACCGGUUCCGGCGAACGUCAAGGACAUUAGUUUCACCUGGCAAUCGCUGGCGGGUCGAGGACUUCCCUAUAGCAUCAAUGUGGUCAGUUCCGAUCAGGAAGUGCUGCCACGACCGGCGAUCAAUGUUUCGCACAGCGGGGAAAUCCCCACCAGCAUCCAGACCUGGUCCAUCGCCCUCAAGUGCAGCGGUCUAAAGGCAGCGGAGGUGGACGUGACUGUCAGUCUGGAAGUGGUGCUAAACCGAUCGCUUAACAAUGUAACUCACUUGGUUUUCCGGCGCAAGAAGAUUUGCCUUGUUAGUGAUAGUGCCGAGGAUCUGUCGGAGGAUAUGGAUGAUCCCCAGCUGCUGGAGACCGUGAUGUUGCCCCCCACAGGACUGAUUACCCUAGUGGUUGGUGUUUCUGUGGCCAUGGGAUCUGUGUGCCUGCUCCUGAUGAUUGCUUACUGUGUCAAGGGAGCGGCGAAUAAAAGACAGCAUCAUCAGCAUGGCGGUCAACCCAUGAGGACAUCGAGUUUUCAGAGACUGAAUACCCACCCGCCUUGCCAGUCCUCCAUGGGAUCGGCGGCAUACAUGACGCCCUCGAUUAUAGCCCCGAUUCAUGGCUCCUCAUUGCCCCGAAAAGUUCCCGUAUCCGUAGAGCAGCAACAUCCGGAGGAGUUGCAUCGCCGCAUUUCCGAGCUGACCGUAGAGCGCUGCAGGGUGCGUCUUUCGAGUCUUCUGCAGGAGGGAACCUUUGGGCGAGUUUAUCGCGGUACUUACAACGACAAUCAGGAUGUUCUGGUCAAAACGGUGGCCCAGCAUGCCAGCCAGAUGCAGGUUCUCCUCCUGCUGCAGGAAGGAAUGCUGCUCUAUGGCGCCUCUCAUCCCGGAAUUCUUUCUGUUCUUGGCGUUUCCAUAGAGGAUCACACCACACCAUUUGUCCUGUAUCCCGCUCUGAAUAAUACCCGCAAUCUUAAGCUGUUUUUACUGGAUCCGGCUUGUGCCCGCACGGUGACGACCAUCCAGAUUGUGAUGAUGGCCUCGCAACUUUCCAUGGCCCUGGACCAUCUGCACAGCCAUGGUGUUGUGCAUAAGGAUAUUGCCACGAGGAACUGUGUUAUUGACGAUCAGCUGCGUGUGAAGCUGUCUGACAGUUCGCUGUCUCGGGAUCUCUUCCCCUCGGACUACAACUGUCUGGGGGACAGCGAAAAUAGGCCUGUUAAAUGGAUGUCCCUGGAGGCACUACAACACAAACAGUUCUCCGAGGCCAGCGAUUCGUGGGCCUUUGGAGUUCUGAUGUGGGAGCUGUGCACUUCCGCCAAGCAACCAUAUGCCGAGGUGGAUCCCUUCGAGAUGGAACACUAUCUCAAGGAUGGCUAUCGACUGGCCCAACCCUUCAACUGCCCCGAUGAGCUGUUUACGAUCAUGGCCUAUUGUUGGGCUCUUUUACCUGGCGAGCGGCCUACCUUUGCCCAGCUGCAAUCUUGUCUCUCCGAAUUCUAUUCACAAAUCACGCGCUAUGUCUAGGACAUCAAGAGUAUCAACGUCAUCCACAAGGGGAUCGGCUCUUUUGAAGGGUCUCCGAGAUUUAACCCUAGUUAAAUAAAGUCCUGUAGCUUACUUUACUUUGUUAUAACGAGAUUUGCCAAAUCGAAUGUUUAGCCUAGCCCUGGCCCAUCAUCUGUACAUAUAGUUAACAUAUUCAACACUCUUUAAGUACUUAUCCUUAAGCUUAUUCUACGAUAAACUUGACUCUUACCACUUAGAUGAAAUAGUUCAGUUUGCACACUCCUCUCUCUAAUCCAUCAAAAAUAGCUAAAAACGAAAGCCGAAUCAAAUAUAGUGAUAUUUAUAAAUAGUAUUAGAUUUACCUUUAAGAUUACACAUACAUAUUUAUGAUGCAUAUAAUACAUGUUGUAUGUUUAGCAUUUUUGACAAUUUACCGUUUAUAUGAGAGACUAAAACAAGAUAUACAAAUAUAUAUACACACAUAUAUACACUCAUCUAUAUAUGCCAAAAC